CAAUCAGAUUUUUCCAGACGUCUGCUGUAAAUGUAACGUUUGCCUCUUCGUUUUUACAGACGCAGUGAGGUCGAUCGCCAGCCCGGUAGCAAGCAGCUGAACACUGAGUGUGCAUGCACUCAGUUUGUUAGUGUUUUUAGUUUCAAAGAAGCCGGGACUCUCGCUGCCUGUCAUACCGCAAGCAAAACUUGAAAAUGCAUCUGUCCACCAUUAUACUUCUAAUGUUCGUCAUUGUUACCUGCCGUUCCCAGGAGGCAGGGAACAGGAGACACAAUCACGGUGUACCAGACGUGGAGGGGUUUAGAAAAAUUAAACUUGUCGGCGGGAGGACGCCCAACGAAGGGAACGUUAUGAUCUAUCACGACGGAGAGUGGGGCAUUAUCUGUGAUGACCGUUGGGAUAAGAAAAACGCUGACGUCGCGUGCAGGGACCUCGGUUACCUCAAGGGGGCAGCUUCUGUUACUAAAAGGAACCACUUCAGAAAAACUAGUGCAAAAAUCUGGAUGGACGAUGUUUACUGCUAUGGGAACGAGAAACAGCUAGAAAAGUGUUGGUCUCUUGGCUGGGGCCGCCACAACUGCGAUAGGAACGAGGCGGCGGGUGUUGUUUGUAAGGGGAAACGGACGGAACCUACUACUACCACUACAACCACCACCACCACUACUGCCAAACCCUUUGUAUAUAAUGACGGAGGUGCUGCAGCCGCUCUGAGAGUUUACGACGAUGCCCAGGCUCACGUUACACCAUCUUUUGCUGAUAAUCGUGAGAAUGGUUCUCGUUCGGAGUAUAAGGUUCGACUAAAAGGGGGAAGACACCGCAAAGAAGGUCGCGUGGAGGUUAGAGUGGACGGCAAAUGGAAGACCGUAUGCGGGACUUACUGGAGCCUUCUGGAGGCAAUGGUUGUGUGCAGGCAGUUGGGGUAUGGUUACGCUGAUCGCGCUCAUCGGGCAAACUAUUUCCAAGGGCAAACCAUGAGGAAGGCUUUUGCUGGAAUCGAGUGUACGGGUAAAGAAAACACGCUUUCAGAAUGUCGGCACCACAGUUUCUUAAACCACGAAGGCGUCAAAACAAGGUGCUCUAGACCUGCAUCCAUCGCCGGGGUGUCAUGCACAGAUCAGCUCCCAGACAUCAAGCUGAAUUUAACGGCUUUGGAAAUGUCUGUUUACUUACAAGACCGACCCUUCCUAUACAUGACAUGUGCUUUGGAAGAAAACUGCUUUCCGUCUGAUGCCUACGAUUACAUAGAAAGAAAUCCAAGAACUUGGUCCACUCACCAGAGGCGCCUGUUACGUUUUACCAGUGACAUUCAUAACCAUGGGACGGCGCCUUUUAAUCCACAUACCCCCAAAACAGCCUGGGACUGGCAUGCAUGCCACUUACAUUACCACAGUAUGUUGGUGUUUGCACACUACGACUUGAUAGACACUGAGGGAAACAACGUGGCUGAAGGGCAUAAAGCAGGAUUCUGUCUGGAAGACGUUCACUGCCACAAUGGCUCCAAGAAAGUUUAUUCCUGUGUUAACUAUGGAGACCAAGGAAUAUCUCCGGGCUGCUCUGACGUAUACGACAGAGACAUUGACUGUCAGUGGAUUGAUAUAUCCAAUGUCAAACCUGGGAAUUAUAUACUGCGGAUACACAUUAAUCCCGAGUACAUGGUGGCCGAAUUGGACUUUGACAACAAUAUCUCCACUUGCGACGUUGUCUACACGGGUUUCAGUGCGUCCGCAUCAAACUGCAGGAUCGGAGCAUAAAGGACGGUUAAGAUGUGUGAUAUAAUUCAAGAAAAGGGUGUUCUUGAAACAACCAAUCUCACGAAGCGGCCUCGAAAAGAAGCAUUUCUCUGGAUCCACCACAAGGGAGGACGCUAUAAAAAUGAUGUUUAUUGUCUUAAAUCCUCUGAUUUACCUGUGUCUCGUGGCCAACAAUUUAAAAGUCUGUCAGAUUUUUCAUUUGGAUCGAAAUUGAAUGUCCCUGUUCCUAUGCAAAGUGGGUGUUUGUUAGUUAUCGUAUAACUAAAAAGGAGAUUGAGCCGAAACGAAUAAAUACAACCUUGGGUUGUUUAAGUAUGACUUGCUUUCGUCAUUGAAAGCAAUUAAAGCUACGAAGCUCAGUAAUAGCAACUUUGUUUGUUUGUAUAAAUGGAAUUAGCUUACUUGUCAUAGUUUUUUUUUUUUUUUUUGAAUGCUUGAUAAGAACUAUUGAGUGUAUCUGUUAUUAGUUGCUUGUUCUAUUUGUAACAGUCGGUGAUUAAUUAGUUUUAUCUCGGCGUUGUUAAAUAUUUAAUUCUUGUAUUGUUUUCAGUAUCAAAAACCUAACUAAGGUCCAGUAGGUUAUAUUGCUAACAAGUUUUGGAAAAAGCCUUAUACUUUUUUUAACAAGAAUUUCAAAAUCGCUUGGCAUUAACAAUCUUGUGUAUGUAUAGAUAGAGCAUUUCGUGAUGUGGCGCGUGGUUUUAUGAUUUUUGUAAACGAAUAUUUACUUUAUCUUUG